GAUGGCAGUGUUUUUCAUCGGACCAUUUCCGUCACUACAACUAGCAGAUCGCCGGAAAAUCCCAGUGUCCCGACGAUCCUCUACACCCCUGGUACAGUAGUGCCGAUUAUCCUAAUCACUCACUGUCACAACGCUAAAUCACCUAAAUAA